ACUAUAUCAAAUCCUAUUCCAGCAACACAAUACUCCCAAACCAAUCUCCAACUUGUACGAGUACUCGAGCAUUUUGCCCACCCCUUCACCCAACCACCAGUCUAACCGAGCUCUUCCACCAAUCCAUCCAUCCAUCCAUCCACCACCCCAAGAACGCCAGCAAUGUCCAACACCCCCACGAAAACCAUCCUCGUAACAACCGGCGCCACCUCCCCCUUCCCGUCGCUCCUCUCCGCAUCCCUCUCGGCCACGUUCCUGGCCACCCUCCAAUCCCUCGGCUACACCGCCCUCCGCAUCCAAUACGGCGACUGCGAGAAGCUCUUCCGGACACUUUCCGCCGCGGCGCUGCCGUCCUGCGGCAGCAUCGAGCUCACCGGCUUCGGCUUCACGGACGACCUCCGCACCGAGGUCACGCACGCGGACCUGGUCAUUUCGCACGCUGGCAGUGGGAGCAUUCUCGAUGCGCUGAGGUAUCAGAAACGGCUGGUCGUCGUGGCCAAUGGUGCGCUCAUGGAUAAUCAUCAGAAGGAGUUGGCGGAGGAGCUUGGCGGGGUGGGGUAUCUGGUUGAGGGGUUUGUGGAGUAAGUCCUGUUUCUUUGUUUAUUUAUUUGUCUGUUUCUUGUGUGGUUUUGGGAGGAAGAGGGGCUUGCUAUGCUGGAAGGGGUGUUGGGGCGAGCUGGCUGAUGGCGGCUUUUUCCGGGUAGAAAUCUUCAUGAGGCCGUUACAAAGGCGGAGGGUUUCGAGUUUAAACAUUUCCCUACUAGCGGCAGUGAGAAGUUUUGCAGUAUCCUGGAUGAGGAGGUUGGGCUUAAUCUCGAUUAAAUUAUUCGGUAUUCGCUGGAUGAGUUGGCGGUUUCUUUAAACCAGCUCACCUUUAUGUUUAUGUUAACAUCAGAUGCCCCGGCCCCAUACCACCCUCCAACUCGAUAACAAAAAGCCAAACUCAUGAUAUACUGAAAUCGAAACUACUGGGUAGGUAAUUGGGCCGUGGUUGAGAGAUAAAAGGUAUAAAUACAGUAUUAUAAGGAAUCAAAAAUGGUAUAAGAAAUAUAGAAAGAUCUCUCUGAU